AUGCGGGGGGAGGUUUAUACCUGGAUACAAUUGAGAGUGGGCAAUGGAGUUAAUUGCCGCUUCUGGACUGAUAACUGGUCCGCACUUGGUUCUCUUCAAGGUUACUUUGCAGCUGGCUCGGCUUCAAGACAAGGAAUUCCUCUCACUGCCACUCUUUCUGAUCUGAAUAGAAAUGGUAGCUGGACUCUUCCUCGACCUCGCUCUGAAGAAAUGGUGCAAGCUCAGAUCGCAUUAACUAUGGUGACACUAGGGGAAGAAGAAGAUAGCUAUGAGUGGGUUGUUACGGGUACGCAUACUGUGAAGUACAAAACUUCACUAAUAUAUUGGAAGCUGAAGGGAGAUGAACCAUCCGUUCCUUGGGCGAAGGUCGUGUGGUCCACUUUAGGAAUUCCAAAGCAUAACUUUCUUAUGUGGCUGUUCGUUCUGAAUAGGUGUCCUACUAGAGAUCGUCUUAGGAGUUGGGGCUUGGCUGUAGACUCUGUAUGUCUUCUCUGCAACUUGGAGGAAGAAUCUAGGGAUCAUUUGUUCUUCAGAUGCGCUUACUCUUGGAGGGUCUGGUCUGAGAUCGCGCGCCGCUGUGCUAUCGUGCCAUCACCGGACUGGGAGGAAACGAUGAAUCAGAUGAUAUCCCUUCGUGGAAAUAGGCUCUUCAAGCGUUUGAUUCUUCUAUGCUGGAAAGGAGUUAUCUACUAUCUAUGGAGAGAAAGGAACCAACGCUAUCACAACCACCGAUUCCAGACAUCAUACUCCCUCACUAAAAGCCUUGAUCGACUAAUCAAGGACAAGAUUCUGAGCUUCAGACGUUCUUCUCCCACCACCUCCUCCUCCCUCAUGCAAAUGUGGGUGGCGACAGAACUGAUUCCUUGA